CUUGUUCCGAGCUCAGAAUAACACAGGAGACCAAGUGGAUUACGCAAACCUUCAAUUUUUGACUUUGUCUUUGUGCUGCCGAAGUGUCACGAUCACACUUGGAUUAUUAACUAUGACUCUUGAAGAGAUCCGCGGACAGGAGAGCACAAUGGAACACAAUGAGAGGGUGCAAAGUGCUGGCAUGGCCCUGGAGGAGCUCCUGCUCGCCGCUAAGAAGCAGGACUACCUGACAGUCGGAGUGUACGAGUCUGCAAAAGUCAUGAAUGUCGAUCCCGACAGCGUGGCUUUUUGCGUGCUUGCCACCGAUCAGGAACAUGCGUGUGACAUCGCCCUGCAGAUCCACUUCACGCUCAUCCAAGCCUUUUGCUUCGAUAACGACAUCAACGUGGUGCGCGUCAAUGACAUCGAGAGUCUGGCUGUUUUAGUGGGAGCAGACGAAGGCGACGAGCCCAAAGACGCGCACUGCAUUCUGGUCACGAGCCCCAGUGCAACUCCAUGGAAGGACCCCGCUCUGGACAAGCUGAGUCUUUUCUGCGAGCAGAGCCGCAGUGUCUGCGACUGGGUGCCAACCAUCACCCUUCCGGAACGCUGAGAUGACAACCUUUUUUGAAGAUGCAUCACAAUGAGGAUGCAGACGAUGAUGAUGAGAAGAAGGUCAAGGCCUAUCUGCCUCCCGUGUGUCCGGAUUUAAGAGGAACAGCCUUCCAGUCAGUGCAUUCAGGGUGAUUGUGGAUCUACCCUGCAGGGGGAGAAGGCUAAUGAGGUGGGGGUGUCGUAGGGGUGCUGUCAUGACACCGUGAAGGAGGUUGGACACAAGAGAUGACGGUACACUUCAACAAGAAAGACGUUGGUGGCGUGUGUGUGCAGGCGGGCAGGACUGCAUCAGGCUGUGCAGAGGAGGAUGUGUGAGAAAGUGCGGAGGCCGGGCUGGAUGGAGCUCGUCAGAUGGGAAUGAUGCUGAUCCGGAAGUGAGAGCGGCUAAAAAAAGACUUCUUUUUCAUGUGCAGCCAUCUGAGGAGAGAGAGGGGGUGGAUCUCUGAGUAUGAAAAGACUUGUGGGGAAGAAAAUCCUCAUUUGAACUGCAAUUUUAAUCACAUUUUCAUGGACUAUGAUUUUUCUUUACUGUUGAUGUAAACUGCAAGCAAAGCCAUGCGAUGUUAAUUUGAAUUUGCACACAUUUGUUUAUGUUCUGUGAAUAAAUAUUUGAACUCAAAUGA